CGUGGCUGAAAAGCUUAUGAAGCUCAUCAGAUGAAUAGAUUAGAACCUUUAUAUAAAACAACCGGUAAUUUAAGAAUUCUUUUCAGUCGUCGCGUUGAUUCAAGAGUUAAUUAUUUAUUGCAAAAUUAUGGCAAAUCUAUUAGGAAAACUAAUUUGGAUAUUCAUAAUUUGCGAGGCAUUAGCUCAACAGGCUCCCAAUAUAAUUUUCAUAAUCGCCGACGAUUUGGGGUGGAAUGAUGUAGGCUUUCACGGCAGCAACCAAAUUCCUACCCCCAAUAUCGACGCUUUGGCUUACAAUGGCAUUAUUCUCAAUAGUCAUUAUGGUCAAUCUUAUAGUACUCCUACAAGGACCGCUCUUUUGACUGGAAAAUAUCCCAUGCGAUUAGGCAUGCAAGGUCCCAGUAUAAUGGCAGCCGAAAAAAAAGCUUUGCCUGAACAGAAAUUGCUUCCAGAAUAUUUAAAGGCAAAAUUUGAACGAUUUUUCUAUCUACACAAUUCAUACAGAAUUAAUUGCUUUGUGUUGGAAAUUGGCUACGAGACACAUUUAGUCGGAAAAUGGCAUUUGGGCUACACCCGUUGGAACGAAACGCCAACUUUUAGAGGCUUCGAUCAUCAUUUCGGCUUUUACAAUUCAUACACAAGCUACUAUGAUUAUCUUUCAACUUGGACAUACAACGAUCACGAUUAUACAGGAUUCGAUUUGCGAAAAAACGGCCAACCAGUGAAGGAAGAAGCUGGAAAAUAUGCCACUGAUCUAUUUACGGAGCACACUGUUGAAGUUAUUACAAACAAUGAUGGUUCCAAGCCUCUAUUUAUAAUGCUGGCACAUUUGGGGGUGCAUACUGGUAAUAAGGGUAAGCCUUUGGAGGCUCCCCAGGAGACUAUCAACAAGUUUGGUCACAUUGUUGAUGCCAAUAGGAGAACUUAUUCGGCUAUGGUAGCUAAGCUGGACGAUAGCUUAGGAUCCAUAAUGGAGGCUUUAGAGCAAAAAAACAUGCUGGCAAACACCAUAGUGGCUUUUAUCAGUGACAAUGGAGCUCCAACUAUUGGUGAUUUUCCAAAUUGGGGCUCCAACCACCCUCUCCGAGGCCAAAAAGACACCCUUUUCGAGGGAGGAAUUCGCAACGUUGCCUUCAUAUGGAGUCCCCUUUUAGUACAAAGCGCACGCGUAGCUACCGACUUAAUGCACGUAACUGAUUGGUUACCAACCCUUUUUACCGCCGCAGGAGGCGACAUUGGCCUACUCGAUCCCGACAUGGACGGCAUCGAUAUUUGGUCCAGUCUAGUAUACGAUUUACCAUCGCCCCGCAACGACAUUUUAAUUAACAUUGACGAGAAAACGCGAAACGCCGCCCUGAGGUUUUACAACUGGAAAUUGAUUGUCGGUACAAGUCAAAAUGGCACAUACAACGACUACUAUGGCAAUAUAGUGAUGGAAGAUAUUGAAGCCCAAAAUUACAACACAUCGGCAAUUUAUGAAAGUCCAGCAGGCAAGAUUAUAAGAAAAGUAAACUACACUCCUUUAUCUGAGGCAGAAUACGAAAAUUUGAGACAACAAUCAGCCCUUAAAUGUUCCGCAGCUAAAAAAAACCCUUGUGAUCCUGCAACUGGUGCAGUGUGUUUAUAUGACAUUCCUAGCGAUCCUUGUGAAGAAAACGACUUGGCAAAGUACUUUCCAAGUGUAGUGAGACGAAUGAAAAGGGCCUUGGUUGACUAUAGGAAAGGGUUGGUGGCGCAAAUCGAAGGCGACGUCGAUAUUGAAGCUGCGGAUCCUAAAUUUUUCAAGUAUACUUGGAAUCCUUGGCUGGAUUGUAACGAUGUUGCUUGUCAAGUUGCUUAAUAGAUUUAGUUGCAUAAGGCAAAAUAAAUGUUGUUUUUAUUAUUGAGGAGUCUA